AUGGCAAACAACAAGAAUCCCAGCAACGAGUCACCCUCUUUUGCUGAUACUGCAGACUUCGAAAAUGCAAACCGCGGCUUCUUAGCAUCACUAAAGCCAUGUGUGAUUACAAACGAUACUGGAAAGAUGGUCUGGAACAAUGACGAGUACAGUUUUGUCAACGAACAGCCGUGCCCAGCUACUGUUAACCCCAAACUUUGGCGCCAGGCUCAACUGUUAUCGAAGCAAGGGCUAUAUCGUAUUAGCCCAUCCAUUUAUCAAGUUCGUGGCUUGGAUAUCUCUCACAUCACCUUUGUCGAAGGUAAAACAGGCAUUAUUGUCAUCGACCCGCUGGUCUCGUGUGAAUGUGCCAAGGCAGCAUUGGAGCUCUACCAGUCCCAGCGAGGCGUUCGCCCAGUCAAAGCAAUCAUAUACUCGCACUCGCAUAUUGAUCACUACGGCGGUGCGGCAGGAGUAUUGCCAUCUUCAGAAACGGGUACUGCGCUGGACAAUAUUCACAUCAUUGCUCCAGAAGGAUUCAUGACGGAAGCAACCUCGGAGAACAUUGUUGCAGGGCCUAUCAUGCGCCACCGCGCAGCAUACAUGUAUGGUUCAAAUCUUCCCAGAUCUCCUGUCGGGCAGAUUGGCGUUGGACUGGGAAUGGGGACUUCACGAGGCAAAACUAGCCUUAUUCCUCCUACCAUCGAUAUUGAACACACUGGGCAGACUUUAACAAUCGACGAUGUUCGCAUUGUGUUUCAAAUGGUGCCAGAUACCGAGGCUCCAGCUGAAGUAAACAUGUACUUCCCUGAUGAGCGGGCACUUCUGAUCCCAGAAUGCGCAGUCCACUCUAUGCACAAUAUCACCACCCUUCGAGGCGCUCUGGUGAGAGAUGCGAGGGCAUGGAGCAGAUACCUAGACGAAACUAUGAUGAUGUUUUGUGGAAACGACGAAACGGAUGUUUUAUUCGGGAGUCAUAGUUGGCCGACAUGGGGAAAAGAGGAGGUGAAGAGUUUGAUGGAAGAUCAAAGGGACUUGUAUGCCUAUCUGCAUGACCAAACAGUGAGGCGGAUGAAUGAUGGCUGGAAUGGUACCGAGAUCGCAGAGGCAAUGGUUUUACCAGCCAAGUUGAGCCGGGCAUGGCAUACACAAGGAUUCUACGGAAGUGUGAGCCACAACGUGAAAGGCAUUUAUCAGCGCUAUAUGACGUGGUUUGAUGGAAACGCCGAGAAUUUGUGGAAGUGGCCGCCACAGGAAGAAGGCUGCAGGUACAUCAAAUGCAUGGGAGGGGUGAAGGAGGUCUUGGUCAAGGCUAAGCUCUUUAUUGAGGAAAAUGAUUUGCGAUUCGCCGCUACAUUGCUGGGUCACCUUGUCGCAGCAGGAGACCAAGCAGGAGGCACUCCAGACUCACGAGUUGAAGGACAGACAAUGCUGGCGGACGUUUUUGAGCGCCUCGGGUUCGGAAGUGAAAACGCCACUUGGAGAAACUUUUAUCUGGCUCAAGCAAUGGAUUUGAGGAAAGGAGGUCGACCUCGGAACAGAUAUCCAACGGGACUGGCGACGUUUCCAGUGACUUUGUCUGUGGAACAAUGGUUUGGUGGAUUGGCCAUUAAAAUUGACGGAGAGGAAGCUGGAAAAGACGAGCAGUGCAUAUGCAUUGAUAUUCGUGUCAAUGAUAUAAAGGAAACGUGGAGACUGGUUCUCAGCAAUGGCGCCUUGACUUACCGGCGUCAAGAUGCCAGUAACCAGGGUGUUGAAUCCCAGCUGGAUCUUUCUUUGUCUCUGACCAAGCAUGAUUUGCAAGGGGUCCUCACUGGCAGGGACACUCGAGAGGCUCAAGUGGUCGGCGGGAAUGUGCAGGCCCUCAAUAAAUUGCUUUCAUUCGCGGGUAUUGCUGGGGUGAGAAUGAAGUCAGAUAGUAAUCUCUGA